AUGGUGAUAGAUAUCGACAGGGUUAUUGGUUGGGCUGCAAUUGCAAGUCAUCACUUUAUGCAAUGUUCCGACUCUUCAAUCAAAGAGCCCAAACUUGUCAUCUCAGGAGAAAGAGUCCCCUGCCUGAGGUUUCAGGAUUUGGUUACUGAGAAUGAAUUCGAGAAAAGGUUCCUCGUUGAUGUUAUUCCUCCUGGUGACGUUGGAGUUACUUUUGGUGACAUUGGAGCAUUGGAAAAUGUGAAGGAAACUUUGAAGGAAUUGGUAAUGCUGCCUCUGCAAAGGCCAGAAUUGUUCAGCGAAGGACAGCAAAUGGAUUUGAUUUAUUAUGCGAAAAAAGAUUUAAUCUCUACUGUCUAUUGA